UAGGCGGAACCAAGAUGGCAGCGCCUUGGUGGAAAAGGACGAGCUUCUCAUGUCGGGGACUGGAGCUGUGUGGGGCCGAGUUCGAAGCCGGAUACAGAGCUUCCCGGAGAGGCUGGCGACCUGUGGAGUCGAGGCAGCUGCGUAUGGGAAGUGUAUCCAGGCCGCCACGGCCCCCGGCGGGGACCUGAGGAGGAACCUCUGUGCCAAGGAGUUCGAGGCCCUACGGAAUUGCUUCCUGGCGGUUGCCAAGAAGACGUUGAACUGAGGCAUUAGGAUGGACUUUAAAUCACCAGAAUUUAUCUUCCAAUUGGUCCUUCCCAUCAGUAUGAGGUCAAAUACCAAUAUUAACUAUAGCACCAAGGCAUGGAAUACCUGAAGCUCUUAGAAGUAAAACAAGAGUGUUUUUUGUUUUGAGGAUGUUCUUAUGCCAUCUUACACAUAUUCAUACAUAUAUUACGUAUACAUACAUACACACAACCCUAACAGAAUUAGCUAGGAUGAUGGUAGAAGUUAUUCUGUAAACUUUUUGUAAAUAAAGAUUUUGGUUAGAGUGGAAGUGAAUUUAAUUAAAAGUAAAGUUUUGAGUUUAAAUAAGUUAUCUAAAUAUAUUUUGUGGCUUUGCUUUUCUGAGACUGUGCCAUGCCCAUAGAAAAUUUAAUAGCCCUCAGGAAACAAGAGCUGGUGAGUUAUCCACUUUUGUGUAAGGAUUUUAAGAACAAGAGAAAUGUUAGCCGUAGCCCUACAAAAUAAGCUCUUCUGUGUUUAAAAUUUUUUUUAUUAUGAACAUGGCUGUCAAACAUGAACAUUUCAAUAAUACAAAAUAAUGAGGAUUGUAUGUGAAAUGGAACUUUUUUGUUAUGGACAGUUUUUUAAAGAGUAAAUUUAAUUUAACACAAGAAGAAGAGAUGAGCAGGGAAAUUUUAUUUCCCCUUCCAAACUAACUUGUUUUUAAAAAGGUUUUCCUGAUUCUCUUUGCUUUUUUUUUGCAUCACUAUCGUUGCUCAUCAACUCUUCCCUCCUUGCCCACAAUAGAAGCCCUUCUAACAGAUGAGAAUGGUUAAGGAAAAACAAUACAGCCAGCUAUGAUGAAUCCAUCACUUGCCAAAUGGUAGGAAGCAUCACUCAUCAUCAACCUAAAGAAGUCAGAAUUGGUUAUUAAUCCAAGCUCUGAAAUCUCAAAAAGCUGUUUUAUAUUAUGGUCAUUGUGUGAAUUGUUCUAGUUCUGUUCACUUCCACCUGCAUCAAUUCAUUCAAGUGUUAUCAAAUGAAUUCAUCCCUAUGUAUCAUUUCUUAUAACACAAUAUACCACAGUUUGUAUAGCCUUUCA